CUCCGGAAUAAGAAUUCAUUACCUCAAUUCAAACAAAGUUUUCACCCUCACGCGAUCUGCUUGACGGGGCUGCAUCUAUUUGACCGCAAAGAUGCCUGUUUCGCCAUUGUGCCGCUAAGCAUCGCUGUUGUGAUCCUCCGCGGAGAAACUGCGAGCCACUGAAGUGGCCUCGUCGUCCACAUACCUGAUGUUCAUUUGUUUUCGGUACUUUUUCGUCUACGGCUCACAUAAAUACAUAGUCUGUGUUAUUGGAGUUUUACGCCUCAGAAUAACGAAACCACACAAGCUGAGCAAAAUAAAUAGCGGUGAUAUACACCGCAACCGGCACUGGUUCUCACCGAGAUUUUUUUUUUUUUUUUUCAGAAGGGAGUGUCUGCCACUUCUCUGCACAGCACCAAGCGAGAGAGCAGCAUUGACUGAUGAAAUUGUUUGCCAUUCUAUGCAUCUGUUUUAUCUGGCUCCACCCACAAGCACAAGGGAGAAAAAUUGGGGGGACCGGAAUUUUGCGGGGCCCUAGCGAGAAUGUGGCCAACGUUCGUGUGCCGGAAACACCGGCAAUCCAGAAGCCCCUCGAAUGCGGGCGGGUCACGUGGGCGUCCUCCUCGCCCCACGCAGCUUAAGAAGCGGCGGCUCCGACGGCGGCGGCACCCGCGAACCGGCCACCGCGAUGAACGCACUGUGGAUGCUCGCAGCGACGGCGAUCGCGGCAUCGGCCCAGCUGAGCAAGCCGCGCGUCGAGGACGGUGGUUGGCAGCCUGUGCUAGCUGCACGCGCAAAGGCCAAGAAAGGCCGCGCCGCGGAUGACAUACCGGCGUUCUACGUUUGGCUGCCCACCGAGCUGCUGGACCACAUUCACCCGAACGGCCCCAACUUCGCCCAAAUCCAGCCUCCGGCUGGCUUUCCCAGAAAUCGCUACCUCCCUGCACAGGCUAUUGACGAAGCGCUGGACAUGGCACUGCAGCCGCCGAGGUCCGCAGCCUUCGGGCCGCUGCAGUCCGAGGAAGAGGCGGACGUGUCCGACGACAGUGGGGGCAAGCGGCCAGUCUACGGGUCGCUCGAUCAGCUUGCCAAGACGGGAAAAAGAAAGAUUCACAAAGGGCCUUCGACACACCACCACCAGAUGGAUGGAUGCAGCCCGGUCAGCUCGGCUGCAGUGACCAGCCUCGGUAAUCGAUCGCUGCGCCAGGUGGCCGACAGCCUGGGAGCAGGUCGGUUCCUCGAUCGCCUGGGCAUCACCGAAAUCGAGCUCAUCAGUCUCACUGGUCACGACGGCGCGUACACGCUGUUCCUGCCGGCGGACGAGAGCCUGGAGCUGACGUCGCCCGAGCUGCUCGGUUCGUGGAGCGCCGGGCGCGCGGCGCGCCAGGCGGCGCUGCUCAACCACGUGCUGCCGUCACGUGUGGCACUCGCGGAGCUGACGCGCGGGGGCAGCUUCACGACCAGGGCUGGUGCGCGACUGAACGUGCGCCGAAGUGCUACCAGUGGCGUGGUGACGGUGAACGGCCACCGCGUGGCGGUGGCCGACGCGGCCGGGCCCCGGGGCGGUGUGGUGCACGUGCUCGGCGGGGCCCUGGCGCCCGCCGCCGACCGGGACGUGCUGGCCACGCUGUCGGACUGCGCCAAGUACGACGGCUUCCUCACGCUCGCCACGGGCACGGGCGUCUCCGAGCUGUUGCGACGGGGCCAGCGCACGCUGUUCCUGCCCAGCAACGACGCCCUGUCCAAGGUGCCGCCGGAAGAACUCAAGCUGUACCAGAGGAACGUCACUGCCCUGAAAGAGUUCCUCACGUACCACAUCGUGGAUGGCAUCUACUACAGCCACGACCUGCGAGACGGCCAGUACCUCAAGUCUAUGCACAACGACCUCCCCAUCCGUGUUGGCGUCAGCGUAGACGGCUGCAGUAGGAGGCUGUACGAGGCCAACAACUCUCCGCUGUACCGCGCCGACAUUCCAGCCUCCAACGGCGUCAUCCACGUGGUCGACUGGGUCCUGCUGCCUGGGGAUCACAAGUGGUGCACGGGCGUCGUUCUGCCCUGACGAACAGAGACGAAGCAUUUCUCAGGGCGACGCCGCUUAGUCGAACUCGCUGGCACGAUUCGACUCUUUCAUUCCAAAAGGGAUCCUCCAGUGGACGUCAUCGACACACUUCUGAGCCUCUUCUGAGCUGGCACAAUAUUCAUCGUCAAUUUUCAGAGUGUUGACCGCUUCUUUAUUUAUAUGCACUGAAUACAAAUGGCUCAUUUAUGCAAUAAAUGUCGCCCUCAUGA